UCAUCACCGCCACUCGUCGAACAAGGGGAGAACUAUGUUUUUGCAUUGUGCUGCGAUAUGCAUUAUUAUGAUUGCUGAGGUUCGCGCACGAUCAGUGCUGUGCUCAAUUUGAAGCAACGACCUGUUGCUUGCUGUUGCUCAUCAUCGGCGGAAGUCUGGCAAGUUCGAAGACAGUCCAGUCCGUACUAUAGAGGAGAGUGUUACUGCCGUUGGUGAGGACGAUGGAUACAGCUGGGGCGAAUGCGGAAGAAGUGAAUGCGCCGAAUUGGCUUAGGGAGCUGGAGGCGAAAAGGGAGAGGAGGUUGAAAGCAAGGCUGGGCCACGAAGCCGGCGCCGGUUCUCCAUGUCUUAAAUGCCAGUCCGGAUGUCCAGGUCUAGAUUUACAUUUUUGGCGUAAAAUUUGCAAAAGCUGCAAAUGCGGCAAAGAAAACCAUGAUGUCCACGACGACGAUCUGCAUGGAUGGGCUCAAUUCCAAUUGUUGGGUAGCAAACCCCGAACGCCGCAAAGAUUUGUAUUACCGGGGAAGAAAGAUGAGGUGGUUUUGGAUUGGGCGCCGAAAGGAUCUAAAGAAGCUGUAGAAAGUUACUUGCGCGAUAUUCCUACAGAAAUGCUACCAAUCAAGGGUUCGAAGGCGGCAAAAGAUCGAAAGUUGCUUCUACAAAAACAGAUGCCUAUGCACGAUCUGGAUCCUACCCUCUGCGACGCAUUGACAGAAGACGAAACGAAGAAAAUGGGCGAUUACGUAAAGCAUCUCCAGGAUCACAGCGUCGGUGUCGGCAAGCUGGUUGCUGUUGAUGCUAAAUUAAUUACAAACAAAAUGAGCGGCCAGAUGAGCUGCGUCGAGGUGGCACAUUUGAAGCCGAUGAAUAUUAGCCAUGGCUUGGAGAAGAUGUCGAUAAAACCACGUAAACAUGAUUACGAGAAUAUUGAUGCAUUUGGAAAACCCAAAUUGGAGGCAGAAUUGGAGAAGCUCCAGCAGAUAAACGAUUGCCUAAGCAAUCCCGCGCAGGCUUUGUAUGGCAUGUUAUUAGAUAAAAGCAGCGUUCCUUUGAAAGAUCACCAUGGAAAUCCUAUAAAAACAACUCUCGAUUACUAUGGUAACCCUAUCAUAGAUUCCACUAUUCUAGAACUUAUAGGACCUCUGGCUAAAGCAGAAUACGCUCUACUCUUGGACAAGAAUUGCGCGCCAAUUUUGGAUUCUCAAGGAUUACCAAUCAAAAAUGUCAUUGCACAAGCCACAGAACCAGUUAUAUUAGAUAAAUUCGGAAACCGUGUCCGUCCACAGAUGGCCUUGUUACUCGAUGGCAGCAAAGCUCCGAUGAAAGACCAAGCGAACUCACCGAUCAAAGUUCCUUUGGAUGCGUACUCUCAGCCCAUUAUCCCUAGGAAUUUCAACCAAGUGCCUAAGUUUGCUAAAAUCUUGGAUAAAAAUGGUGCCAGCAUUAUCGAUCAUAAAGGGGAUCCGAUGAUAUAUGACUUACUGAAGCCUAGCGGAUUUAAAUUUGAAAGACCAUCCAAAUUUGCUAAACUGCUCGAUAAGAAUCGCCAUCCUAUUAUGCAUGGAGGCAAUCUCCUUGUUACGAAUUUGGAUCCAUUUGGAACUCCGAUCUUGUCUGAUUCUAUAAUCGAAAAGUUAGGAAACGUUAGACCGCAAUUCGCAUCCAUGCUGGAUGCUCAUGGAAAGGAAAUCAACGUGGAGAAGCCACUUGACGUCAAGGAUCCAAUCUAUGAUAAAUUUGGCAAAGAGAUCAGGGUCAAGUAUGGUUUGUUGUUGAAAGAUGAUGCACCGAUUCGGGAUGCAUUAGGAAAACCAGUGGGUGUUCAGUUGGACGCUUUCCGAAGACCGAUAAUUGAUUCGGCAGUUUUAGAGAAGAUUGGUUUCAAAAAACCUGAAUAUUCGAUGCCGCUUCACGCCAACGGCGCUCCGAUCUUGGACAACUCCGGCAAGGUGAUCAAAGACCCAAUAUUAGUGGACGAUAAUGCAGGUACUUUACAGAAAGGGUUACUUCUGGAUGGCAACUUGCAAGUUAUCAAAGAUCCGUACGGCAAAAGAAUCAAGGUAGAUUACGAUGAAAACGGAAAAGCAAUUUUGGAUUUGAAUCAGGUGAUCAACAAAAAGCCAGAGUUUGUGUUAGGGCUAAACGAGAAUUUGGGUCCCAUUUACGAUGAUUUCGGUAAUCCUAAGAUUGAUAAACUGGAAGUGAACAGAGAUAAAUUUGGAAACGAGAUUGAGCCCAUAUUUGGCGUUCUGCUCGAUGCUCAGAAGGAACCAAUUUUGGAUGCUUCAAAUUCUCCGAUCAUGGUUGAUUUGGAUGGACUUAAACGGCCUAUAUAUGAUCACAAUUUGAAACCCAAAUACGUAAAACUGCUCGACAGAAAUGGAGCACCUAUUUAUAAUGCGAUUAAGCCGAUUCGCACGCAACCGAAAUACGCACAAAUUGAUGGGGUUAAUGUCAAUUUAGAUGCAGCUUUGAAACCGAUCAUCGAUGAGAACACUCUGAACAAGCUAGGUAAGAAGUUGCCAAAGGAAGCAAUUUAUUUGGACGAAGCUGGGAAUAUAGUUUACGACGAUUAUGGUAGACCGAGGACCGUUGCAAUAGAUACAGCAAAUCAAAAUUCCGGUGCAGCCAGUGCCCUUCUAUUAGAUCAGAACUUUGCGCCAAUUUUGGAUCAAAACGAGCCUAUUAAACUGAAGUUAGACGCAGUUAAAAGGCCAAUCAUUGAUAAUUCUAUAUGCGAGAGGGUGGGCUUCAAGGAACCUCAAUUCAUUAUGUUCCUAGAUGAGAAUAAUGAGCCUUUAUUAGAUAAUUAUGGGCAAAUCGUGCACGAAAAGAUUCCGGAGGAGAGCGAUGUGAAGGCUGAGGUCGAGGUUGAGACCAAAUCGAAUUGUCACAGAUGCAAAAAGGUAUUGAAUGACAAUGCGAUCGAAAUCGAUAGGUGCUCUUCGAUGUGGCACGUCGAAUGCUUCAAGUGCGCCGGAUGUAACCAAAGUUUAGCGGAUUUCGUCUACUGCUACGAUGAUGAGAGCGACGACGUGUAUUGUUUAAGAGAUUACGCAAAGAUUAGAGGUAUUCCUCGAUGUAAUGCGUGUGAUGAAUUGAUUCUGUGCAAGGAGUAUUGCCUGGCACAGCACGAGACCUACCACGUCAAGCAUUUCUGCUGCUUUGAAUGUGAUUCACAGUUGGCCGGUAAUAACUAUCUCGUGGAGAACAAACAACCCGUAUGUCUCGAGUGCUACGAUAAGUUGAUGGCCGAUAAAUGUGCUAAAUGCUUACGGGUCAUCGGUGCAGAAGAGCAAGGGGUAAACAUAAAAGGAUCGCACUUUCAUGCGACAGAUGAUUGCUUCAGAUGCCAAACAUGCAGCAAGCCACUACUCAACAGUAAAAUGCUCUUCAAGGACAUGAAACUGUACUGUUCUUCCCCCUGUUACCAUAACGAUAAAUAAUAUCCUAUUUUGAUAAACAGUAUAACAUAUACAAUAUUUUUGUAAGGAGCUAGU